AUGGUACCACCCGCCAGCCCCCAAAUCCUCUCCAUCUACCGGCGCCUCCUCCGCGAACUCCCCUCCACCCCCCAAUUAACCCGCACCCAACACCAAAAGCUCUCCGCACCUUCAAAACUGCAACAGCGCAUCCGCUCGACACUCUCGCAAUCGAACCCCAAUGCCAACGCGACAAGUCAAUUACAUCAGGCGGAGCAAUUCAUACAAUAUGUGCAGGCGCAACGGAUGCAUUCGACAUUGCUGGAGCGGUAUAAUCCGGGUAUGGGUAUGACGGAGGAGGAGAGGGUUAGGCUGAGCGCGAGGAGGGUGGGCAUGAAUUUGCCGGUGGAGUUUGAGGAGGAGGGUGGGGAGAAGGCUUGA